GCGCGCGUCCGGCCUGGGCGCGGGGCAGCCGCCCCCCACCCCCACCCUCGGCCCUACCCCUGCCCGGCCGCUCCCCAGCACUCGCGGGAUAACCUCUGCCCACAGUCCGCCCCUCGAGGCCCGGGCUGCCUGCCGGCCCCAGUCCCUCGUACCCUUGGCCUGGAAAACCUCUCUCCUCAGCCCUGGCCCGCCAAUCCUAGGCUUCCCCUAGCUUACAUCCAGUCCUGUCUUCUGUGGGACCCCCCCGGACCCCCGCCUUGUGUUCAAACCCUGUAGUCCCGGCCCUCGACUCCCCGCUAGCCUCAUCCUGAUUCCUCCACUUCGCCCUCCCUGUCCCAGCCCCCAUAUCACCUUCCCAGUCCCCCAGUAUCAGCCCCUCAUAUCCCCUUCCUAUUCCCGCAUAGAAGCACCAACCCCCCCUCUCCACAGCGCCUUUCUAGACGCCCAGUACCAAUCUUCUUUUACCCCUAAUACCAGUUCCCAAUUUCCUUUCCAAGCUCUAUGUAUACAGCCCCUCUGCUAAUACCCCAGUACCGGUCCUCAGCCUCCAUUCCAUCUACCCAUGGUUCCUUACUACUCGCCCAGUUCUGGCCCCCAAACCUCUUCCCCAACACCCCUAUGACCACUUUCUAGCUGGCCCCCACUUCCAGCUCCCAUAUUCACAUCCCACCCCCCUCAUCCCAGCCCCCCAACUUUCACAUGUCCCUUACCUAGGCCCCCAGUUGGAGAUCUUUACUCCCCUCAGACACCGCCCCAACACUCAGGACCCCCUCCUGGUCCCUCCAUACUACCCCCUAGAUACCCCCAGCUCCGCCCCAGGCCCCUCCUUCGAGAGUUCCUUGGCUCAGGGCCGCUUCUCGCGUGCGUCCCCAGCUCCCGCCCGUCAGCCCGGCAGCCCGGCGGUCGGUCCCGGGCCGGCGGCCCCCGCCAGCCGCCGUCGCCGCCGCCGGCCCCGCCCCCGGGCACCAUGCUGCCCUCGCAGGAGGCCUCCAAGCUCUACCACGAGCACUACAUGCGGAACUCGCGGGCCAUCGGCGUGCUAUGGGCCAUCUUCACCAUCUGCUUCGCCAUCAUCAACGUGGUGGUCUUCAUCCAGCCCUACUGGGUGGGCGACAGCGUGAGCACCCCCAAGCCUGGCUACUUCGGCCUCUUCCACUACUGUGUGGGCAGCGGGCUGGCGGGCCGCGAGCUCACCUGCCGAGGCUCCUUCACCGACUUCAGCACCAUCCCGUCCGGCGCCUUCAAGGCAGCCGCCUUCUUCGUGCUGCUCUCCAUGGUGCUGAUCCUCGGCUGUAUCACCUGCUUUGCGCUUUUCUUCUUCUGCAACACGGCCACGGUCUACAAGAUCUGCGCCUGGAUGCAGCUCUUGGCAGCUCUGUGCCUCGUGCUGGGCUGCAUGAUCUUCCCCGACGGCUGGGACGCCGAGACGAUCCGGGACAUGUGCGGGGCCAAGACCGGGAAGUACUCCCUGGGGGACUGUUCGGUGCGCUGGGCGUACAUCCUGGCCAUCAUCGGCAUCCUCAACGCCCUCAUCCUCUCCUUCCUCGCCUUCGUGCUGGGCAACCGGCAAACAGAUCUGCUGCAGGAGGAGCUCAAGCAGGAGAACAAAGAUUUUGUAGGCUCUACAGUAAGCUCCGUGUUGCGGCCAGGGGGUGAUGUCUCCGGAUGGGGAGUCCUCCCCUGUCCCGUCGCUCACUCACAGGGACCCUGAGGGCCAGGAUCACAGCCCAGGAAUUGACCUGUCCUCAGCUUGUCCCGUUGCCUGCCCUCUCAUCCCUUCAUUCAAGCUCCGAGGGAAGACCCCAUCCAGGACUGACUGCUCACCUGCUACCUGCCUGUAGCUCCGGGCUUUGAAGAGGUUGGGGCUGGGAUGCAGCGUGCGGGAGGGCCCGAUUCUGCUCUUCCCUCAACUGACCUAAGGGAGCCAGAGCCCUGGGCUCUUGGGCUUCUCCCUUUCUCUCUAGGCCGGCCCGGGGCCCCCACAGAGUCUCCAGGGGAAGUGGCGCUGCGGUUCCGGUUCCCCAGGCCCCGUCAGUCUGGAGGGCUCCCACCUGGCUGCAUCCUUGCCUCCUCUGGUCCCUGUCUCCUACAGAAACUUACCCAGGACACUAGCCCAGGGUGGACCGGACUCUUUCCUGUUUUCUCCCCCCUGAUGAUGGUUCCAUCACAUCAUCACAGAGUUCCAGGCACCACCUGCCUCCUCGGGGCCUCUCUGCUGCCCGAGCCAGCCUGUUUUCACCUCUCCCAAAGGAGUCUGAGCUGCACCAAGAGAGAAAACACAGGGCCUCCCUGUCAGUUGCUGAUGGGGGUCCUGAACAGCCCAGAGUCUGAGGACAGACAGGCUUUGGAAGCAGUAGGAUGCAGCGCUUUGAGUCCUGUCUUGGUGACAUCUGACCAUGGCAGCUGGGGCUGGAGGGGGCUCAGCCUCGGGCUGGCCUGGCCUUCUCCCUGCUGGGAUGUCUCACCAGUUACUGGACCCUUGACCCUGGCCUGUUUUGUACAGCACAGACUUCUUGGCCCUGUUGUCAGGGCUGUGUUUUUGGGAGGGGGGCCCAAGAAUGGGGAAUUAGGGGAUGCAUCACCCCUCUACCCCUUCUCAUGCCCCAAACCUGGGCAUCUGCCAAGGGCAGAGACUGUCUUGCCUCUUUGAUACUUUUUCUGCAUAACUUGAACUUGCAGGUCACCUCUGAACAGGGUACCCCCUGUCCCCAUCCCCAGGCCUUGUAACCCUAUCCCCACCUCCACUUCUUCCUCCUUGCCCACCUCUCGCCUUGCGAUAUGCCCAGGGUCUACAGCCCAAUGGGCAGUGCUUGGAGCUGAGGCAUGAGUGUGUGUGUGAGCGUGUGUGUGUGUGUGUGUGUGUGAGCGUGUGUGUGUGUGUGAGCAUGUGUGUGUGUGUGUGUGUGUGUGUUUAUGUGUGUGUGUCGGGGAGCAGAAGAGGAGUCUUUCUCUCCCCUCCCCCCCACUGUGGGGGCAUCUCCUUCCCCCUUGGCCAGGAGCAAAUGAGGGAGAUUCCAGGUGUUUCCAAACUUCCCUCAUUGCCUGGUAGACCUGGUGGUUGAGUUAUGUGGCCGGGGUGUGGAGAGCCCCUUUCAGCCCCCAGUGCAGGUGGCAGGUUGGCUUCAUCUAGUGUGCCUACUUCUGUCUUCCAGUACUGGGGGGAGUACUGGUCCACUGUGUAGCCAGAGCGGGAGGCCUCUGCGGGUUCACUGGGGAAGGUUGUUGUCAUCAUUUCCUUUGUGGGCCUCAGCCAAAGGAGGGGAGGAAAGCAGCGAGUGCCAUGUAUUUGCCAAUCUUGUGUUCAUUUCCAUAGGACUUGGACCUGAGAGGGUUUCCAAGACAGACCCUAGAAAUCCUCUGCAUGAGACCCCCAUCUGGACCCUAACUGGAAUCAGAUGCUGGGUCCUGGUAGGAUUCCCGAAACCCGGAACUCACUCAGUCCUCUUGAGCAAACACCUUUCCCCUGGUGCUCUGGCCUUGGCCCAGUGCUCCCCUCUCUUCCCCCAGGGCUCUCUACCUGCAGGAAGGGGCUGUACACCAGGGGCCUAUGCUGAGUGGGAGGGUCAGGGGAGCCUCCUGAGAGGCAGUGGGGGGCAGAAGUGAGUUCCUCAAAGAUCCAAACCAAAGCCCAGUGUUGGGAGGCUGUGGGGGGGAGCUUGGGGGUGGGAGGGAGGUAGUG